AUGGUUUUUGUGGGAACGCUUCUUGGAACGCUUGUUUGUAUCGCUAACAUGUACUUUGGCCUGCAAGUGGGAACGCUAAGCACUAUGAAUACAUCAACAGCUCUGCUCUCCUUUGCUAUUUUCAAAAGCGCUUUGCAAUGGACUGACCUGGCCUUUUCGCCAACUGAGAACGUCGUGAUCCAGACAAUCGCGUCUUCUAUCGCUGGAAUGCCUGUGACAGCUAGUCUAACCAGUAUAAUACCCGCUUUCGAGUCUCUUCGACGUCCUGAAGAAGGUGGUUCUUACGUCUUCUCAGUACUAGAUCUGAUGCUCUGGUCCCUCGGUGUGGCACUAUUUGGCACCGUCUUCGCUGCGCCCUUUCGCUCAUUAUUCAUCCUCCAGGAAAAGCUGCGCUUUCCUGGAGGAUAUGCAACUGGUGUUCUGGUUGGCGUACUCCAUAAGGAUGAUCAAAUAAUUCGUCGAACAGAGGAAGAUAAAUCCAACGUCGAUAUUGUGCAACAGAUGCACUCGCAUGUCCGAACCACCGAAGCCACGGAGGAAUGGCCAGUCAACAGCACGGGCGGUCGAUCAUUCGAAUGGAAGAGCAAGGUCAUGAUCGUAUCAAAGACUUUCCUUGGAACUGGCAUAUAUGUGAUCGCUUCUUACUUCGUCCCGAACCUUUCGCGAAUUCCUAUCUUCGGAACUACGGCUUCGCGAGACUGGCUGUGGUAUUUGACAUUGUCUCCAGCCUUCACUGCGUUCGGGAUGGUACUAGAUCCACACAUUGCAAUCGCGAUGAUGCUCGGUGCUGUUAUUGGUUGGGGAAUCCUCGCACCAGUAGCAAAUCACAAAGGCUGGGCACCUGGUCCCGUAGAGAGCAUGGAGGAUGGCGCCCGCGGAUGGCUAAUCUGGAUCAGUGUCGGUCUCCUCCUAGGUGACGCUCUUGUCCGCGUGGUACACCCCAUUAUACGAUACGCGCAUUCUUUGUUCGGAACUGUGCUAGAUAUCUGCAAGCAGAAUGACAAUCAUGACACAAGUUUGCGACAACCCCUUCUCGGACCAAGAGGAACCAGUGUGGAAAAUUUGGAUUCCUCAGACUCAUGUCCUUCUGUGGGCGCCGUCCAUUCUCCCAAUUCAGAGAACGAGCUGGUGUCACAUCGAGCUUUGAUCGUCUGGCUUAGCAUAUCAACUUUUCUUUGUAUAGCGUGCACAUUACUUGUGUAUGGCUCAGAGAUCCCCAUCUAUUUAGUUGUGACUUCUAUCGCUAUUUCCUUUCCGCUUUGCUUGGUCGUCAUAAGGAGCGUGGGUGAGACAGAUAUGGCCCCUUCCAUGAGCCUUAGCAACGUAUGCCAAUUUCUCUUUGUACUCAUGCUAGCAGGCGCUGCACGCAACAGACUCAUUACUAUGGUUGCCGCUGGAAUCACUGAAGCUGGAUUGUGGCAGUCCGCUGUUUUAAUGACCGAUCUUAAGACGGCAUAUCUCGUUCAAGCAUCGCCCAAGGUUAUGUUCUAUGCCCAGCUGUUAGGUUCUUUCAUCGGCGUCUUUGUAGGCUCGGGCAUAUAUCGACUCUUCCGGGCUGCUUACACUUUCCCCAGUGCGGCUUUUCCAGUACCACUGGCGCACUUGUGGGCGAAUACAGCUCGCCUGGCGAAUGGAGGGAGUCUUCCAAACGGUGCGUGGCCUGUAAUGAUUGGUGCUCUUGUUCUUUCUGCUCUGUUACGAAUCCUCAACCUCGUCGGUGGUUCAGCAAAGUGGACAUUAUGGGUUCCAAGCGGGGUAGCAAUGUCUAUCGGCAUGUAUGUUACUCCGUCCAUCACGCUUGCAAGGCUGGCUGGUGCUGGGAUUCGGCUUUGGUCCCUCAAGUAUAUGGACAUCUCAGAGGUGUCCCUCAUGUCGGCGGCCACAGGAUGCAUCCUAGGCGAGGGUAUUCUUGGCUUCAUUCCUGCAAUACUCACUGCAGCUGGGGUACCCAAGCUUUGGUAG